AUGAAGCACCAGCAGCCCCCCGGGGAGCCGGCGGUGGAGACCCGGACCUGUCUGCCGUGCUGUGCUUUGCCCCACGGGAGGGUCCGAGUGCCCCCGAGCCAACCCCGGGGGGAGCGGGAGCCGCACACACUGGGGUUCUACCCCGGGGACAAGUUCCCCCCCGGGGGGGGCGGCUGUUACAGCGCGGGGUCGGGGCGGACCCCGGAGCUCCCGUGCGAUUACCUGUACUCCAACGGUCAGUCAAGACCCCCAGUGCCCCAUCACCCGCACAAGUACCCGGACCCCCCCGACCCCCCCCCGCCGCCCCCUCCGCCGCCGCCUCCGCCUCCGCCUCCACCCGCCCUGAGCGGGACUCUGAGGGGCUUCCGCGACAACACAGUGGUAAACGCUAAGAUUUCCAAAAGCCACGACUACCAGCUGAUGCCGGCAGAUUGCAGGGAAGCGCUGGACAGGGACAGCUGUGGGAAGAUGAAGGAGAGUGUGGUGGUGGGCGGUGAGAUCCUGAGCGAGCCCAUGGAGGGCGACAACAGCAACAAGAACAAGAAGAGGAGGAACAGGACCACGUUCACCAGCUACCAGCUGGAGGAGCUGGAGAAAGUCUUCCAGAAAACUCACUACCCCGACGUGUACGCUCGCGAACAGCUGGCUCUGCGUACAGAGCUGACCGAGGCCCGAGUGCAGGUUUGGUUUCAAAACAGAAGAGCCAAGUGGAGGAAGCGGGAACGCUACGGCAAACUUCAUGAAGUCAGGAACCACUUUGCGGCCACCUACGACAUCUCCAUCUUACCCAGAACAGAGACUCACCCCCAGAUCCACAACAACCUCUGGACAGCCGGUGGGACGAGCAGUUCCCCAGCCACCUCCUGCAUCCUGUCCCACGAUUCCAUCGCCUCCUCCUGCAUGACUCCGUACUCCCAUUCCCACGGGAACGUCAGCGGCUUCAUGGGAAUCUCGGGAUCGCCCACUCACCACAGCGGCCUCAAGAGCCUGUACUCCCUGCACGGCUUCCCCAGCUCGCUCUCCAAUCACGGCUUCGAGCCGGUUCCAGAGUGUGACUACAAAACCUCCAGCCUCGUCGCACUUCGAGUCAAACCCAAAGAACCUUUGGCCCUCGUCUCAUGGACCUAACGACUGAACCUCUGGACACAGUUACUUUCUUCUCAACUAAAGAUCCUUUUAUAUCUCCCUCUCCCCCACUCCUCCCUCCUCUCCUCCCACCCACCAAAAAAAAGCUUGAUUUCCACCCUGACCUGACGACUUUCAAGUUACGAGGAUUGCGUUUUCUUUUUUCUUCUGGGAAAAAUAUUCACGCGAAUUCUUAAACUCUUAUAUAUAUAUAUAAAAAUAAAAAAAAAUUACCUUC